CGUUUACUUAGUAACAUUUAAUUUUGUUAUGCUUACUUACCACUAAAAAUUUCAUUCUGAUGCGAGUAUUUCAAAGCAUUCUUCGAACGAACAAAAUCUCAGUUUUGUUCCGAGCUCGCUACUAUAACUUUGUUGGAUUGUCUUAUAGAACAUAUGCCACAUUCAUUCGCAAUAAGCCUCACGUAAAUAUUGGGACCAUUGGACACGUUGAUCACGGUAAGACCUCCUUGACGGCUGCCAUUACGAAGAUUUUAUCCAAGUCUAACCUUGCCUCUUAUAAGAGUUACGGUGAUAUUGAUAAAGCUCCAGAAGAAAGAGCCCGCGGUAUUACUAUAUCUGCAGCUCAUAUUGAAUACGAAACUGAAAAACGACAUUACUCACACGUCGAUUGUCCCGGCCAUGCGGAUUACAUUAAAAAUAUGAUAACUGGCGCUGCGCAAAUGGAUGGUGCCAUUUUAGUUGUUGCUGGCACGGAUGGCCAGAUGCCCCAAACUAAAGAGCAUCUUCUCCUGGCUUCACAAGUUGGUAUCAGGGAUAUUGUUGUGUUUAUUAACAAAGUGGAUAUCGUUGAAGAUAAAGAGAUACUAGAGUUAAUAGAAAUUGAACUUCGAGAGCUGUUAAGCUAUUACGAGUUUGAUGGUGAAAAAACGCCAUUUGUUUUUGGCUCUGCCCUCUGCGCUUUGGAGGAUAGAAAUCCAGAAUUAGGCGAGAAUGCUAUAAAAAAGUUAUUGGAUGUGGUAGACAACCACAUUGUCACUCCCAUUCGUGAUUUCGAAAAGCCUUUUUAUAUGUCUAUUGAAAGCGUUGUAAGCAUUGCUGGCAGAGGAACUGUGGCUACCGGAAAGAUUGAGCGUGGUACUUUAAAGAUGGGCGAAGAAGUGCAGAUACUCGGCUUUGGUCAUGAUUUCAAGUCGAACGCCGUGGGUUUAGAAAUGUUUCACCAAACUUUGAAUGAAGCACAAGCGGGUGAUAAUGUGGGCUGCCUUCUUCGAGGAAUUAAAAAUGAAGAUAUCAGAAGGGGGAUGAUUGUUUGUGCACCGGGCACCAUGAAGCAAAUCAAAGAAUUCGAGGCUGAGACGUAUAUUAUGACUAAAGAGGAAGGCGGACGUCACACUCCCUUUGUCAGCAGAUAUAGCCCCCAACUCUUUGUUAGGACUGCCAACACUCCAUGCAUUAUUAAUUUACUGCAGGGAAAGGAAAUGGUUAUGCCCGGUGACAAUUCAACGUUAAAAAUUUCUCUUCACCUGCCUUUACCCAUGGAGGCGGGAAGCCGUUUCACAUUGCGUGAGGGAAAUUUGACCGUCGGCACCGGCGUUGUUUCUAAAAUUCUUUCUUAAUACUUAAUAUACGG